AUGAGCACCCAGGCCCUGAACAAGAUCGCCGCCAACAGCCCUUCGCGGCAGAACCCGUCAGAGCUUGAGCAGAGCAUUGCUCAAGCUCUCUACGAUCUCGAGACCAACACUGCCGACCUCAAGGUUGCCCUGCGACCUUUGCAGUUCGUCUCUGCCCGCGAGAUCGAAGUCGGCCACGGCAAGAAGGCUGUUGUCAUCUUUGUCCCCGUCCCUUCCCUGCAGGGCUUCCACCGUGUUCAGCAGCGCCUGACCCGCGAGCUCGAGAAGAAGUUCUCUGACCGCCACGUCUUGAUCCUCGCGUCGCGUCGCAUCCUGCCCCGCCCGAAGCGGUCUGCCCGCUCCCGCAACACCCAGAAGCAGAAGCGGCCCCGUUCCCGCACUCUAACCGCCGUCCACGAUGCCAUCCUGGCCGACCUGUGCUUCCCCGUCGAGAUUGUUGGCAAGCGUAUCCGCACCAAGGAGGAUGGCAGCAAACAGCUCAAGGUUGUUCUUGACGAGAAAGAGCGCGUUGGCGUUGACUACAGACUCGACACCUACGCCGAGGUGUACCGCCGCCUCACUGGUCGCAAUGUGACCUUUGAGUUCCCUCAGAUCGCCAGCGCUGAGUUCUAA